UCAAGUACCAACCAGGAACUCUCUUCACUUCAGGCCAAGCAGAUAAUGGCAAGCAUUCCAUCACACAUAAAAGCUUGGGUCUACUCUGAAUAUGGGAACAUAGAAGAUAUUCUCAAAUUUGAUCCUAAUGUAACUAUACCAAAUAUUAAGGAGGAUCAGGUUCUUAUUAAGGUUGUAGCUGCAGCUCUUAAUCCUGUAGAUUAUAAGAGGGCUCGUGGAUAUUUCAAGAACACUGACUCUCCCUUACCUACUGCUCCGGGUUAUGAUGUUGCUGGUGUGGUGGUCAAAGUGGGAAGUGAAGUGAAGAAAUUCAAGGUUGGAGAUGAAGUUUAUGGUGAUAUCAAUGAGUAUGCUGUGAAUAAUCCAAAAAACAUUGGAUCUUUGGCAGAGUAUACUGUUGCUGAGGAAAAAGUGUUGGCUCACAAACCCUCCAAUUUGAGCUUUGUUGAAGCUUCUGGACUUCCUUUAGCCAUAAUCACUGCUUACCAAGGCCUUGAAAAAAUUGAGUUUUCUGAUGGAAAAUCAAUACUUGUUCUUGGUGGUGCUGGCGGAGUUGGAUCCCUUGUCAUUCAGCUGGCCAAACAUGUUUUUGGUGCAUCUAAGAUUGCAGCCACUGCUAGUACUGCUAAAUUCGAUUUGUUGAGGAACUUGGGAGCAGACCUUCCUAUUGACUAUACAAAGGACAAUUUUGAGGAACUAAAAGAAAAGUUUGAUGUAGUGUAUGAUACAGUAGGACAGACUGACAAGGCAUUGAAGGCAAUCAAAGAAGGGGGGAAAGUAGUGACAAUUGCACCACCAGCAACCCCACCAGCCGUCCCAUUUUUUAUGAUUUCAAAUGGUGCUGUGUUGGAGAAACUACAACCUUACUUAGAGGGUGGAAAUGUGAAGCCAAUAUUGGACCCUAAGAGUCCUUUUCCUUUUUCUCAGACUGUGGAAGCAUUUACAUAUCUGAAGACUAACAAAGCCAUUGGGAAAAUAGUCAUUCAUCCGAUCCCAUAAACAUAACUAAGCAUAUCAAAUUCUGCUGUGCAUUAUGAUCUUUGUUUGUGCUAUGAAGCUAAUAUUAAUAUGUGAGUGAUAAGGAGAGAGCACAGUUUUUUAUGUUCUAAUGACUUCAAUAUUGCUAGUCAAGAGAGUGUGUAAAUUGGUAAUAAAUCUCUUAUAUAAC